CCCAUUUGGUUGUCACUAUAAGCGAGUCGCUACAAUGUAAUCUGUGUGAUGGGCUAUUACAGGGUUAAUGUUUGAAUAGCCUCGGGAUCACGUCAAUUAGUACGAAUCUAAUUAGCAAAAUAGAAGAUGUGAUGCAGACAUGCUUAGAAUAAAAGAAAACACAUAUUCCGCAGGGUUAACCAAACCACUAAUUUAUUCUACGUGAAACACUAUACUGCUUUUCUGGGCAUGCUUGAGUAGAGGUGGGCGUGCUUUGUCUUCUGAUAGGUCGGUCUCUCUUGUAGCUGAGAGACAUCAAAGAGAAUGAGAGAGAGAUCAGGUUGUGUGUGAGCGAGAGCCGUCAUACACAGAGCUGCGGGGACAUGGGGUCUGUAACGGGGCAGGAUUCGGGGAGCGCAUGGCUGUCGCUGGAUCUGCAUCAUUACGCACAUCUGGUGGGGCUGCUGUGUCUGGUGUCCGCCGUGUUCAAAGCAACCCAGCUGUACUUUAAAAGAAAAGAGCAAGUGCACGUUAUGGAGCAAUUUCCAGGACCUCCUUGCCACUGGCUGAUGGGACACGUGAAUCAGUUUCGUAGAGAUGGAAACGAUUUGGAUAUACUGGUUACCUGGACAAAAAAAUAUGGAGGCGCUUUCCCGGUGUGGUUUGGAAACUUCUCUGCGUUCCUGUUCCUCACCCAUCCUGACUAUGCCAAGACUGUGUUUGGCCGAGAAGAACCCAAAUCCGAUUUAUCUUAUGGCUUCAUUGUUCCGUGGAUUGGGAAAGGGCUCUUGGUCCUGUCGGGACAGAAGUGGUUCCAGCACCGGCGGCUGCUGACCCCCGGGUUUCACUACGAUGUGCUGAAGCCGUAUGUCGGGCUGAUGUCUGACUGCACCAAAGUCAUGCUGGGAAAAUGGGACAGAUUGGUUUCAGAUCAGAAGCCAGUAGAGCUUUUCCACCAUGUCAGCCUCAUGACUCUGGACACCAUCAUGAAAUGUGCCUUCAGUUAUCAGAGCAACUGCCAGACUGAUAGUGACAAUGAUUACAUCAAAUCUGUGUAUGAACUCUCCUAUUUGAUAGAAAGAAGACUUCGUAUUUUUCCAUACCAUAAUGACCUAAUAUACUACUUCAGCUCCCAUGGACAGCGAUUUCGAAAAGCCCUGAAAGUUGCCCAUGAACACACAGAAAGAGUAAUUAAACAGAGGAAAGAAUCUCUCAAACAGGACAAUGAGCUGGAUAAGAUCAGCAAGAAGAGGCAUUUGGAUUUCCUCGAUAUUCUUUUCUUUGCCAAGGAUGAAAAUGGUCAGGGUCUGUCUGAUGAGGACCUGCGAGCAGAAGUGGACACCUUCAUGUUUGAGGGACACGAUACUACGGCCAGCGGGAUCUCCUGGAUCCUUUACUGUUUGGCCAAAUACCCCGAGCAUCAAGAGAAAUGUCGGGAGGAGAUCAUGGAGGUCCUGGGGGACAGAGACUUUGUAGAGUGGGAAGACCUGGGGAAGAUGCCGUACACCACUUUGUGCAUAAAGGAGAGCUUGCGGCUCUUCCCUCCGGUACCAGAAGUGGCCCGCGAAUUGGAUAAGCCGAUCACAUUCUGCGAUGGGCGCAGUUUACCAAAAGGCGCUGUUGUGGUGUUGAAUUUUUACGCCUUGGGCAGAAAUCCCAGCAUAUGGCAAGACCCUGAGGUUUUUGACCCAACGAGAUUUUCGUCUGAAAAUACAUCUGGCAGACACCCCUUUGCCUUCCUGCCCUUUUCGGCCGGGCCAAGGAACUGCAUCGGACAGAACUUUGCUAUGAAUGAGAUGAAAGUGGCAGUGUCCCUGAUCUUAAAGAGAUUCAAGCUCUUACCUGAUCCUGAAAAUGAGCCACUCAAAGUCCGACAGGUGGUCUUACGCUCCCUUAAUGGAAUUCACGUCUACCUGAAGAAAGUAGAAGCUUAAGAAGAGGAAGACGGUGGGAGAUACAUAUAUUUUAUGAGAUCUCCUGGAUACAGACCUGAAAUUUUAUACAUUUUGUUUAUUUUUUAGUAUUCAUUUUUUUAUGAAGCAAUGAAGAUUGCAAAUUAUUUUCUUAUUUAAUAUCAAACAACCACUGGUGUAUCUCCAUUCAUCUACUUGUAACUAUUUGUAUUACCGGUAUGUGUGCUCUGUACUUGCAAUUCCACCUAUAGCCACUAGGGUGUGAAGCAAAAAGGGCCACAAAUGCACAGAUUGACUGCAUCAUCCCUGUGCUGCUUUUAUAGGGUAUUCUGUGUCAUCCUGCUACACAAAUUGUAAUUUCCACUCAGACAAGAUGAAUGGGAUUUUAUGAUGUGGUUUCACAAUGAAAAUGUAAACUUUUUUUUUUAAACACAAACGGUAAAAAAAUUUAAAAAUCUGUCAAUAAACUUGCAUUAUCCAAUAAAAUUUUGUUUCCCCCAAA